AUGGCCUCCAACACGGUAACCGCACAGCAGCUCGCCGACGCAAAGGCCAAGUUCAAGCAGGACGGAUGGGCCGUCUUGCCCGACGUGAUCAGUCCCGAGAAGGCGAAGGAAGUCGUCGACCGUCUCUGGAAAGCCAAAGAGGAGAGCGAACGCCGCGGCGACCCGACAUAUCUGGACUGGCUGGAUCCCAACUCCAGCAAUGUCCGCAUCUUCUACCUCAUGGAGCUGGACCCCGUGUUUCGCGAACUGAUCUCGCACCCCACCGCCGUCGAGAUGGUGCAGUCCGCGCUGGGCCAGAACUUCCUCGUCUCGAACUUCACGGCGAACAUCGCCCUCCCCGGUUCGAAGUCUAUGGGCCUCCACUCCGAUCUAUCUCUGCAGUGCCCCGAUCCCUGGCUGUCGACGUGGGGACUGAACGUUAUCUGGUGUUUGCAUGAUACCUACAAGGAGAAUGGCGCGACGAUGUACAUCCCCGGAAGUCACCACUGGACGGCCAAGUCGCAGGUGCCGUCCGACGACGAGGCGAGGAAGCUGUUGGUGCCGUUUGAGGCUAAGGCUGGGUCGAUUAUUGUGAUGGAUGGUCGCUUGUGGCAUACUUCUGGCUGCAACACGACGGAGGACAAGGAACGAGCUCUUCUCUUCGGUGCUUACAACGCUCCGUUCCUCAGAGGACAGGUGAAUUGGGGUGUUGGGUUGUCGGAGGAGACCAAGAAGACUCUCAGUCCUGAACUGCGAGAAUGGCUGGGUGUUAACCGGGAUGGAAACCUUGGAGUGGUUACGGGCGUCAAUGAUGUCUUUGCCGAGGGCUCUGCUGCUCCUGCUGCCGCCUGA